AUGCAAUCUACUCACCACCAGGCCUCUACUGAAGCCUCACAGCUUGCCGAAUCGUCGUGGUCGUCACCGCGUGGUGUGAUCAGAGAGACUACUGAGUCUUUCUCCUCCACUGAAGAAACACAGUCUUCCCACCACCAAUCCUCUGAUGACGCCUCUCAGCCUGUCGAUGCUUCGUCCUCAAGUGGUGUGAACACAGAACCUAGCGAGUCUGUCCCCUCCACUGAAGCCACGCAAUCUACCAACCACCAGUCCUCUACUGACGCCUCACAGCCUGCCGAGACGUCGUCGCCAAGUGGUGUGAACACAGAGCCUAGCGAGUCUGUAUACACCACUGAAACCACUCAGUCUACCAACCACCAGUCCUCUACUGACGCCUCACAGCCUGCCGAGACGUCGUCUCCAAAUGGUGUGAGAACAGAGCCUAGCGAGUCUGUCCCCUCCACUGAAACCACACAAUCUACCCACCACCAGUCCUCUACUGAAGCCUCAGAGCCUGCCGAAUCGUCCUGGUCGUCACCCAGUGGUAUGAACGCCGCGACUGGUGCCUCUUUAUCCUCCACUGAAGAAACACAGUCAUCCCAACACCAGUCCUCUGCUGAAGGCUCACAGCCUGUUGAGGCGGCGUGGUCGUCUUCCAGUGGUUUGAGCACAGAGCCUAGCGUGUCUGUCCCCUCCACUGAAGCCACACAGUCUACCAAGUACCAGUCAUCUUCUGAAGCCUUACAGCGAACCGAGUUGUCGUCGUCGUCGUCUCCUAAUGGUGUGAACACAGAGCCUAGUGACACUUUAUCCUUCACUGUAGCCACACAAUCUACCCACCACCAGUCCCCUACUGAAGCCUCACAGCCUGCGGAUUCGUCCUCGUCGUCGUAUCCAGUUGAUGUGAACACAGAGCCCAGCGAGUCUGUCUCCUCCACUGAAACCACACAGCCUUCCCCCCACCAGUCCUCUACUGACGACUCUCAGCCUGUCUAUGCUUCGUCUCUAAGUGGUGUUAGCACAGAGGGUAGCGAUUCCCUCUCAUCCACUGAAACCACACAAUCUGCCUACCACCAGUCCUCUACUGAAGUCUCACAGCAUGUCGAGUCGUCGAAGUCGUCGUCGUCGUCUCCCAGUGAUGUGAACACAGAGCCCAGCGAGACUGUCUCGUCCACCGAAGCCACGCAGUCUACCCACGACCAGUCCUCUACUGACGCCUCACAGCCUGCCGAGUCGUCGUCUCCAAAUGUUGUAAACACAGAGCAUAUCGAGUCUGUCUACUCCACUGAAACCACACAAUCUACCCACCAUCAGUCCUCUACUGUCGCCUCACAGCCUGCGGAUUCGACGUCGGCGUCUACCAGUGGUGUGAACACAGAGACUAGUGACUCGUUCUCCUCCACUGAAGAAACACAGUCUUUCCACCACCAGUCCUCUACUGAAGCCUCACAGCCUGCCGAGUCGUCGACAGCCUCUUCCAGUGAUGUGAAUACCGAGACUAGCGAGUCUAUCUCCUUUACUGAAACCACACAGUCUUCCAACUACCAGUCAACUUCUGAAACCUCACAGCCCGCCGUGUGGUCGUCGUCGUCUUCCAGUGAUGUGAAUACAGAGACUAGCGAGUCUAUCUCCUUUACUGAAACCACACAGUCUUCCAACUACCAGUCAACUUCUGAAGCCUCACAGCCCGCCGAGUGGUGGUCGUCGUCUCCCAGUGAUGUGAAUACAGAGCCUAGCGAGUCUAUCUCCUUUACUGAAACCACACAGUCUUCCAACUACCAGUCAACUUCUGAAGCCUCACAGCCCGCCGAGUGGUCGUCGUCGUCUACCAGUGAUGUGAAUACAGAGCCUAGCGAGUCUAUCUCCUUUACUGAAACCACACAGUCUUCCAACUACCAGUCAACUUCUGAAGCCUCACAGCCCGUCGAGUGGUCGUCGUCGUCUCCCAGUGAUGUGAACACAGAGUCAAGCGAGUCUGUCUCCUCCACUGAAACCACACAGUCUUCCCACCACCAGUCCUCUACUGAUGCCUCUCAGCCUGUCGAUGCUUCGUCUCCAAGCCUUGUGAGCACAGAGCCUACCGAGUCUGUCUACUCCACUGAAACCACACAGUCUACCAUCCACCAGUCUUCUACUGAACCCUCACAGCCUGCCGGGUCGUCGUCUUCGUCGUCUCCCAGUGUUGUGAACACGGGACCAAGCGAGGCCUUCUCCUCUACUGAAGCUACACACUCUACCCACGACCAGUCCUCUACCUACGCCUUACAGCCUGUAGAGUCCUCUUCUUCUCCCAGUGUUGUGAACACGGGACCGAGCGAGGCCAUCUCCUCCCCUGAAACCACACGGUCUACCCACUACCUCUCCCCUACUGACGCCUCACAGCCUCUCGAGGCCUCCUUUUCUCCCAGUUUUCUGAACACAGGGUCCAUCGAGACCUUCUCUUCCACUGAAGCUACGCACGCUACCCACUACCAGUCCUCUACUGGCGCCUCACAACCCGCCGAGUCGUCGUCGCCGUCGUCGCCCAGUGGUGUGAACACAGAGCUAGGCCAGUCUGUCUCCUCCACUGAAACCACACAUUCUACCAACUACCAGUCAUCUUCUGAAGCCUCACGGCCUGCCGAUUCGUCGUUGUCGUCUCCUAGUGGUGUGAACACGGAGUCAAGCGAGGCCUUCUCUUCCACUGAAGCUACACACUCUACCCACUACCAGCCCUCUACCUACACCUCACAGCCUGUCGAGUCAUCUUCUUCUCCCAGUGUUGUGAAUACUGCACCCAGCGAGGCCUUCUCCUCCACUAAAGCCACACAUUCUACACACUACCAGUCCUCUACCUACGCCUCACAGCCUGUCGAGUCCUUCACUUCUCCCAGUUUUCUGAACACAGGGUCCAUCGAGACCUUCUCUUCCACUGAAGCUACGCACGCUACCCACUACCAGUCCUCUACUGUCGCCUCACAACCUGCCGAGUCGUCGUCGUCGUCGUCGUCGUCGUCGCCCAGUGGUGUGAUCACAGAGCUUGGCCAGUCUGCCUCCUCCACUGAAACCACACAUUCUACCAACUACCAGUCAUCUUCUGAAGCCUCACGGCCUGCCGAUUCGUCGUUGUCGUCUCCUAGUGGUGUGAACACGGAGUCAAGCGAGGCUUUUUCCUCCACUAAAGCCACUCAGUCUUCCCACCACCAGUCCUCUACUGACGCCUCUCAGCCUGUCGAGUCCUCUUCUUCUUCCAGUGUUGUGAACACGGGACCCAGCGAGGCCUUCUCUUCCACUGAAGCUACACACUCUACCCACUACCAGUCCUCUACCUACGGCUCACAGCCUGUCGAGUCCUCUCCUUCUUCCAGUGUUGUGAACACGGGACCCAGCGAGGCCUUCUCCUCCACUGAAGCCACACAUUCUACACACUACCAGUCCUCUACCUACGCCUCACAUCCUGUCGAGUCGUCGUCGUCGCCCAGUGGUGUGCACACAGAGCUAGACCAGUCUGUCUCCUCAACUGAAACAACACAUUCUACCAACUACCAGUCAUCUUCUGAAGCCUCACGGCCUGCCGACUCGUCGUUGUCGUAUCCCGGUGGUGUGAACACGGAGUCAAGCGAGGCCUUCUCUUCCACUGAAACCACAUACUCUACCCACUUUCAGUCCUCCAAUGAACCAUCACAUCCUGCCGAGUUCUCGUCGCCUUUGUCGUCUCCCAGUGGUGUGAACACAGAGCCCAGCCAAUACGUCUCCUUUAGUGACGCCUCACACUCUACCGACUACCAGUUCUCCGCGGAAUCCGCGCAUCCUACAACUCUUUCUGCUUCGACUGAAUCUUCUCAAUCCAUUGCCGCCAGUGCACAGACUGAUAGCAUUUCCACGUCUGGUUUUUCACCACUAUCGCCUGCGUACUGCUGGCUUGUAUCUGUUAUGCUUUUUAUCUUAGCUUAUCCGUAG